ACGCCCCGGACAUCAGGAAAUGGGACUGUUGACAUUCAGGGAUGUGGCCAUAGAAUUCUCUCCAGAGGAGUGGGAAUACCUGGACCCUGCUCAACAGAAUUUGUAUAGCGAUGUGAUGUUAGAGAACUACAGAAACCUGGUCUCUUUGGAACUUGCCAUCUCUAAGCUGGACCUGGUCACCUUUUUGAAACAAAUGGAAGAACCCUGGAAUGUGAAGAGAGCGGACACAGUAGCCAAACAUGCAGGUAGGUGGAAGUGA